GCAGGAGCGGCCGGAGGAGGCGCGGGAUGAGCGGGGUCGGGGAGCCGCAGCCCCAGGCCGGGCCCGGCCCGGAGCCCCCCCCGGAGCCCCCCCCGGAGCGCCCCCGCCUGCAGCUGCAGGAUACCCAGGAUACUCAGGAACUGCCAGACCAGUCCAUGGAGCCUGUUAUAGAUGACUAUAAGAAGAUGGGAACUCUUUUUGGUGAACUCAAUAAAAGCCUGAUCAGCAUGGGUUUCACGAGGAUGUAUUUUGGAGAACGGAUUGUGGAACCAGUAAUAGUCAUUUUCUUCUGGCUUAUGCUCUGGUUCCUUGGCUUUCAAGCUCUUGGACUAGUGGCUGUCCUCUGUCUUGUCAUUAUUUAUGUGCAACAGUAAAAAUGGCUAAAUGACCUGUGGUUUGACACCCGGUAACCAUGCUAUGUGAUGGUGAAUCUAUGUAUUUAAGUAAGUAACCCCUGCAGAAGAUGGCUUUUUUCCAACUGUGUGACUCGAUCAUGUCGUAAUUAAC